AUGCUCCCUCGCCUUUCUGCUCUCCUCCUCUCCAAAGGCCCAAGACUGCCGUUUCCCUCCAUCACAUCCAUCCCCAAGCUGCGUGUAGCUGCAUCCUCUCGCAGCAUGUCGGAUCUUAGUGUCGAGCUCACUGCUCCCAAUGGCAGGAAAUAUACACAGCCCGUGGGACUCUUCAUCAACAAUGAGUGGGUGGCAUCCAGCAAAGGCGACAAGAUCGUAUCCAUCAACCCUACAGACGAAUCCGAGAUUACAUCUGUACACGCCGCAGAGGUUGAAGAUGUGGACAAGGCGGUUGCGGCAGCAAGAGCAGCUUUCAAAGGAGAGUGGAGAGACAUGGAUUCGUCGCAAAGAGGAGAAUUGAUGUACAAGCUCGCAAGUCUGGUUGAACAGAACAAGGAGCUGCUCGCUACGAUUGAGACUUUCGAUAACGGCAAGCCAUAUUCCGUUGCUCUCAAUGAGGAUCUUUCCGAAGUGACCGGUUGCUUGAAGUACUACGCCGGCUGGGCGGACAAAAUCCAUGGCCAAGUCAUUGACACCUCCCCUGCGAAAUUGGCUUAUACAAUUAGAGAGCCAAUAGGCGUCUGCGGACAGAUCAUCCCAUGGAACUAUCCUUUGGCCAUGGCUGCGUGGAAACUCGGGCCUGCGAUUGCAUGCGGGAACACUGUCGUACUCAAGGCCGCCGAGCAAACUCCUCUCUCAAUCCUAGUAUUCGCCAACUUGGUCAAGGAGGCAGGCUUCCCACCAGGCGUUAUCAACAUUAUAAAUGGCCAUGGCAGAGUCGCUGGCUCAGCUCUGGUGCAGCACCCGGGGGUGGACAAAAUAGMCUUUACUGGAUCCACUGGCACGGGACGUGAGAUUAUGAAGAUGGCGGCCGUCAACCUCAAGAACAUCACGCUCGAAACCGGCGGCAAGAGUCCACUGCUCGUGUUUGAUGAUUGCGAUCUCGAGCAAGCGGUGAGGUGGUCUCAUAUUGGCAUCAUGUCGAACCAAGGCCAGAUCUGCACAGCUACGAGCCGUAUUCUAGUCCAAGAAGGAAUAUAUGAGAAGUUCAUCGAAGCCUUCAAGAAGCAAGUCGCCGAGACCUCAAAGGUCGGCGAUCCUUUCUCGGACGAAACCUUCCAAGGACCUCAGGUCACCAGGGCUCAAUACGAACGAGUUCUGUCCUACAUCGAAGCUGGAAAGGCGGAAGGCGCAACACUUGCCAUGGGAGGCGAGGCGUACAAGAACGUCGGUACCGGAAAGGGUUUCUUCGUCACCCCAACCGUCUUCACAGACGUCAACGAUAGUAUGAAGAUCUUCCGCGAGGAAGUCUUUGGGCCGUUCGUGGUGGUGGUGACAUUCAAGACCGAGGAAGAAGCUCUUGAGCUCGCGAACAACACCACUUACGGGCUUGGGUCUGCAGUAUUCACAAAGGAUAUCGUCAAGGCUCAUAGGAUCGCGAGGAAGAUUGAGGCCGGCAUGGUCUGGAUCAAUUCGAGUCAGGACUCGGAUGUCAGGAUCCCAUUCGGUGGUGUGAAGCAGUCUGGUAUUGGGAGGGAGCUAGGUGAGGCGGGUUUGGAGAGCUACACGAACCGCAAGGCGGUGCAUGUCAAUCUGGGGGCUUGA